AUGUCGGGUCCUCCAUAUCAUCAUGAGCUGGAUCUACCUGAUGACCACCCUGCUGCUCCUUAUCACCAUCCUCGAUGUGUUUUGGGGAAUCGUCAAUAUGUGAGACAUGUAGAUGACCUACAAGACAAUAUUGAGAUUGAAGAAGUUGAAGAGUACUCCAUUAAUGACACUUUUGUGGUUGAGGAUGGGGAGCCUGACAAUAAAGAAGAAGAUGAGGACGUGGAUACAACUGAAGGGGAAGAUGACGAGGAGGAUAUAAAUAAAGAAGAUGAUGGUGAAGAUAUAUAUGAAGAAGAUGACAAGGAGGCUGAAGUUCUACAAACUCAUGCUGCGAGUUUUGAUAUUACAAAAUAUGGUGCGAAGGCUGAUGAUAAAACAGAUAUCAGCAAGGCUAUACUAGAUGUGUGGACAAAGGCAUGUGCAGCAACAAGUCCAAGUAAAAUUACGAUUCCAAAAGGCUCGUAUUUGUUGACGCAAGUAGAACUUAAAGGGCCUUGCAAGGCUCCUGUGGAGAUUAAAGUAGAGGGAACUGUGAACGCCCCAAAAGAUCCCAAUGCCCUGAAGUCUGGUAAUUGGAUUAGUAUUGACCACGUCGAUGAACUCACCAUAUCAGGUGGUGGAACUUUCGAUGGUCAGGGCGCCACUGCUUGGGCCAAGAAUGAUUGCAGCAAGAACACUAAUUGUAAGAAGUCAAUGAACUUUGGCUUGAACGUGGUCACCAAUUCCGUAGUCCGUGAUGUAACUUCCAAGGACAGCAAGCACUUCCAUGUUAAUGUUAUAGGAUGUAAGAACUUAACUUUUGAGCACUUCUCUAUCAGCGCACCUGACGAAAGCCUCAACACAGAUGGCAUCCACAUUGGACGUUCAAACGGGGUGAAUAUAAUAAAUUCAAACAUAAAGACUGGAGAUGAUUGUGUGUCGAUUGGUGAUGGUAGCCAAAAUGUUAAGGUUGAGAAACUAACUUGUGGACCAGGACAUGGCAUUAGCAUUGGAAGUCUGGGUAGGUACCAAAAAGAAGACCCUGUUAUUGGCAUCACCAUUAAGAAUUGUACACUUACUGGCACUGAUAAUGGCGUAAGGGUAAAAACAUGGCCGGCAUCUCCUGGUCAUAGCGUAGCCUCUGGUCUCCAUUUCGAGGAUAUCAUAAUGAACAAUGUAGGCAAUCCAGUCUUGAUUGAUCAGGGAUACUGCCCCUAUAACCAAUGCUCCUCCAAGUCUCCUUCGCUUGUUAAGAUCAGUGAUGUGACCUUCAAGAACAUUCGUGGAACAACUCCUACUAAAGUGGCUGUUAAGCUUGUUUGUAGUAGUGGCAUACCAUGCAGUAACGUACAAGUUGGCAAUAUUGACCUAAAAUACAGUGGUUCAGAUGGUCCUGCCACCUCAGAAUGUGCUAAUAUAAAUCCAAUCUUUUCUGGAAAGCAGAAUCCUCCAGUGUGCAAAACCAAGGCUCCAACUUCUUGA